CCGCGGGCGCGCCCGCCAUUGGCGCGUUCGAAGGCGGGCGGCGGCGGCGGCGGCGCGAUGGCGGCGGAGCGGCUGCGGAGCGCGCUCGACGGGUGGCGGCUGCGCGACCUGGCCGCAGUGUGGGUGGACGCGGUGUGGGAUCUGGAUUUCACGGAGACCGAGCCCCUGGAUGCCUGGAUAGCCGAGGAGAUCACGGCCGAUGGGCUCGACGCCUUCACCCGCCUGUACCGCACCCUGGCGCCCUUUGCUGCCGGCGGCCAGGAGAGCACAGAGAAUGUCUGGACCUUGUUUGCCGAGAGCAGCCUGUCCCACCAGGCGCUGGUGGCCGUGCUGCAUCACUUUGUGCACGUGGGCCAGCACAGGAGAGCCAACGUGCAGCAGAGGGUGUUUGGUGUGCACUCAGCUGGGCUGUACCUGCUGCUGCUGGAGAUCCCAGGCAGCAUAGCCAACCAGGUGUUCCACCAAGUGAUGUUCGAUAAAUGUCUUCACUCCCUGACAAAAUGCUGGCCUCAGGAGCUGAGGAAAAGGAAGAAGGGGCAAGCUCAAAGCUCUCAGCCCAAUGCCAGAAGGAACAGAAAGAAAGGGAAACCAUGCAGGAAUGACAAGUCCAAUAGGGAAGAGAUGUUGGAUGAGGAGGAGGAAGAGGAUGGUGAGAAUGUUUACUUCUCAACAGAAGAGCUCCUCCAAGUCCGCGAUGCCAUCUUCCUCCUGUUGAAAAACUUCCUGAGGCUCCUGCCCAAGUUCUCCCUGAAGGAAAGGCCUCAGUGCAUGCAGAACUGCCUGCAGGUCUUUGUUGAGAUGACCAGCUUUGAGCCAGUGCUCCACGAGUUCAAGUUUUCAGCAGCAAUGGAUGUUAAUAAAGCCAAGUACAUUCCUGAGCUGGCCUAUUAUGGACUCCACUUACUGUGUUCCCCUCUCCACGGCACAGAAGAUAAGAGCCUUCGCUGUGUGUUCCAGAGGCUCCUCAAUGUCAUUCUGAUGGUGGAGAGCAGAGGGGGCUCCAGGUUUGAGGCCCUUCCCAUCACAUCAGCCGUGACCAGCGCCAGGAACCAGGCUGUGAAAUUCAUCAGUUCUCUGGUGGAUGAGCUGAAGGAAGCUGUUUAUCCUGUUCUGCGAAUAUUGCUCCAACAUAUCUGUACCAAGGUCCCAGACAAGGCUGAUUAUCGCACCUACGCUGCCCAGGCCCUGGUGACCCUGCUGGACAAACUCCCUUGUGCAGAGUUCGCUGAAUUCAUCGCCUGGCUUUAUAAAUACUCACUCACCAAACAGGUUUGCUACAGAGUGUUUGCUCUUGAUGUAGCCCUGGCUUUGUUGGAGCUGCCAGAGAGGAACCCAAGCAGCUCCUUGUCCCUGGAUCAACAGAAUUUCCUAAAGCACAAGUUUUUAGUGCAGGUCAUGGUGUUUGGCCGGUGCUCAGACAAAGCCCCUGUGGUCCGCAGCAAAGCUCUCAGCAGCUUUGCCCAUUGUCUCGAGAUGAAAGGUGCUGCUACCCUGGAGGGCAUUCAGGACUUACUACAGAGCUCCUCUGUCCGCACAGUGUUGGAAGGAAACACAAACACUGCGAGUGUGACAGUCAGUACAGAAGGUAUAGAGUCAUUCUUUUCCACUGUGUCCAGCCAGCCACUGAAGACCUUACCAACUUUCAGAACUAUCGAGCUGACAGACAGCAGUGACACUGCUGGGCCUGAUGGAAAAGAAGUCAUGGCCAUGCUGAGAAUGAGAGCUGGAGAUGAGAAAACCAACGUGAGGAAAUCUGCUCUGCAGGUGCUGGUGAGCGUGCUGAGGCACGGGGCAGUGCUGUGCACGGCUGAGGACCUGUGUGUGCUGCAGGAGCGCUGCCGGGACCCCGCGGUGUCGGUGCGGAAGCAGGCGCUGCUCUCCAUCACCGAGCUGCUCCUGUCUCAGCACAGCAAUGUCCUGGUGCAGAAGGCCUGGUUGAAGGGAGUGGUGCCCGUGGUGAUGGAUGCAGAAAACUCUGUCCAAGAAAAGGCCUUGGACUGCCUUGAUCAGCUCCUGCUGCAACACAUAAAACCUUACAAUAAAUCCAGGAGUGGUGAUGAGAGGCAGCAGCUGGCGUGGGACCUGCUCUCCCUGUUGUGUUCAGAAAGCCAGGAGCUGAGCCGUUACCUGAGCAAAGCCUUCCUCAUGUGGUCCAAGCAGCAAAAGUUCACCUCCAGUUUUGUCAGCAGUGUCAUGUCUCACGUGGAGACAGAGCACUCCAGGCCAGCCUGGAUGCUGCUCGCCAAGGUGGCAGGUUCUUCCCCCAAGCUGGAUUAUUCCAAGAUCAUUGAAUCCUGGGACAGUGUCAGCAGGCAGCAGAACACGAGCAGUGGCACCGUGGGACACGUCCUGUGUGUCAUCGGGCACGUGGCAAAGCACCUCCCCAGGGGCAGCUGUGAGGGGCUCAAAGAGAACAUCCAGAGGUGGCUGAAGGAGUCCUGGUGUCCCCUGGAGGUGAUCAGCCCUGCCGUGGAGACCCUGCAGAAGCUCUGCCAGGCCUCUGCAGCUGCACCAGAGCAGGCACAGGAGCAGAUCAACCAGGUGUGUGGAGAUUUGGUUUCCACCUGUGAGAGCUACAUCUCCAAUAUAGUCCUCAAAGAGGAUGGAGCAGGGCAGCUGCAGGAAGACCCCUUGGUGAGACACCUCUUCCUGCUGGGCGAGGCUGCCCAGCUGUGCCCAGCCAAGGUGGACAAACACAUCUUCCUGCUGGUGCAGUCCAUCCUGGCCUCUGGCAGCGAGGACCAACUGUCUGCCUGCACAGACAGUGAGGACAUUCCCAGUUCCCAGCCGCUGUCCCAGUUCAGAGGCUCGGCCAUGCCCUCCGUGGUCAGGGCUCACGCACUCAUCACUCUGGGGAAGCUGUGCCUGCAGCACGAGGAGCUGGCCAAGCGCUGCAUCGCGGCGGUGGCGCGGGAGCUGCAGCUGUCCCCGGCGGUGGCGCUGCGCAGCAACGCUGCCAUGGUGCUGUGUGACCUGUGCGUGCGCUACACCUCGCUGGGGGACAGAUACGUGCCCAACAUCUCCCUGUGCCUGCGGGACCCCCACCCCUUCAUCCGCAGGCACACCCUGAUCCUGCUCACCAGCCUGCUGCAGGAGGAGUUUGUGAAAUGGAAGGAUUGUCUCUUCUUUCGGUUCGUCAGUGUCCUGGUGGAUCCCAACCCAGAUAUUGCCAGGUUUGCAGAGUUCUGCCUGGUGCAUCUCUUGCUGAAGAGGAACCCCGUGAUGUUCUCCCAGCACUUCAUCGAGUGCAUCUUCCAUUUCAACAGCUACGAGAAACAUCACAAGUACAACAGGUUCCCCCAGAGCCCGCAGGAGAAGCAGCUCUUCUCUCUGAAGGGGAAGGAGAACAAGGAGAAGAGGAUGAGGAUCUACACCUUCCUGCUGGACCAUUUCACGGAUGAGCAGAGGUUCAGCAUCACCACCAAGAUCAGCCACAACAUUCUAGCCUGCUUUGUGGAUGAGGUCCUUCCUUUGGACCUGGAAGGCAGUGAGCUGCUCUCUGAUACAUUUGCAGUCCUCAGCUGCAAAGAAAUCAAGCUCUCAAGUAUGAGGUCCAAACCUGAGGAAGACAUUCAGCCUGAUGAAGAUGAGAUGGCCAUGGCCAAUGCUGUCAUGCAGGUGGCCCAGAAAAAGCUCAUCUCACAGGUUCAAAAGAAGAAUUUCAUCGAAAACAUCAUCCCAAUAAUCACAUCACUCAAGUCCUUGAUGGAGCAGAAGAGGAGCCCAGCUCUCAAGGACCUGAUGAACUGCCUGCGGGAAAUGAUGCAAGAUUACCGAAACGAAAUCAAAGACUUCUUUGCUGUGGACAAGCAGCUGGCGGCCGAGCUGGAGUAUGACAUGAAGAAAUAUGAAGAGCAGCUGGCCAGGGAGAAGGAGUCAGACCAGGAGCAGCUCUCAGCAGCCCACGGGGAGGUGCAAUCUCCAUCUCUGGAGAGAGCUGCAUCUCCUGGUGGCCAGAGCAAUCACAAUGCUCAGUCCUCUGUGAGUGGGAGGCCGUCCACCCCCGGCUCCAUCCCUCCCUCUGCCCCCUCUGGGUUUGCCACUCCUCGUGCUGAUGCUCUGAAGCAGCCACCACUGGCUCGCAGGGCAGCAUCCCUGAGCACGCUGGCCAUCCUGAACUCCGCCAGGAAGGCGCUGGAGGACAGGAGCAAGCAGCGCAGCAAGAGCAUGGGCAGGAGCCUGGCAGCUCCCUCUGAGGCACCCAGCUCAGCUGGCAGCCAGCAAGUGUCCUUCCAGAGCCUGAACCAACAGUCCAGUGGAGAAAACGUGGCCGUGGCGGGGCGAGCGAUCAGCACCCCGGAGCAGACCAUUAACGACUUGACUUUUGGUGCUGGGGUCAGUUACAUCAGCUUGACGCACACACCCGGUUCAGCUCCAGUGAAGAAGGGCGCUGAGGACGGGCCAAGGGAUAUCAUCUGUUUGACAUCGCCGGAGAAACCCCCGUGCCGGCCUCGGGAGUGGAAGGUGGAAUCCCCAGCCCGGAGGAGCAGCAGGGCCGUGCCCCUGCGCCGCUCACAGCGCAGAACACCACUGAGGACAGAGAGCUGAGCCCACCUGGGCUGCUCACGGAGCCAGCACGCAGCCUCAGAGUGCCCCAGCCCUCUGCAGUCACACCUGGAUGUCACAUCCUUCCUCACCUGUUCCGAGCUGGCUUUUCCCCAGGAUUGUCCUGGAGACGGGCAAAGCCUGCGUUAGCACACGGGUGGGUUCUGAGUGCUGCUCUCAGCAGAGCUCACUGGAGGGCUCAGAGCUGCACUAUAAAAGGAGAGGUGGCUUUUUACUCUCAGGAUGUGUAAUUUGUCCAUUUGGAAAAGUGAGGGCCUAAUGUUGCCACAAGCUUGGCAAUAAAUGCAUUUAUCACAGCUUGCAGGGCAGUGAGUGGCUGGGUUUGCUCACCCAAUCCCUCAUUGUCCCUCUUGGUUAUAUAAUAGAGUUGCUUUAAUUUGAACAAAGGUAAAACAGCUUGGCACUGCCACACCCCUAAAUCUGGUAAUUGCACGCUACAUCACCUCUUAUUUGUUGUGCAAACUCCUGUGUGUAUGAACAGCCUUAAUGUUCUUUUUAUAUGGAAUAUUUCCAUUCUUGAACUAUGUUAUUUCCAACUAUUAGCAUUUGAUGAAAAUAAAUGGUUGCUGAAUUAAUUCCACCCACGGCGUCUCCCCUUUUCUUCAGCUGACAGAGAAAUGAUUUUUUUUUCCCCUGUAUAUUUCUACAGCCUCUUAGUCUCUUCUACCACAUCACUGGUAUCUUGGGCCCUCAGUUCAAUUCAUGUUGGGCCUAGCAGCUUUUAAAUAGAGAUUUUGACAUGACUGCAAGCAGGGUAUGAGUGACUCAGACAAGGUGGGUAAGUGCUCUGUGUUUAUCAGAAAUAUCCUGGGUAAAUCUGACCCUUCCCUGGUCUCCCUGAGGGCCACAUGCACCUCACUGAAGUUUUUGUGAUGUUAACUUUGAUCACAGAGCUCAUGGCCUGGAUUUCACUGGAGCUUGGAGCUGGGGUGUGUUUUAUUCCUGCUGGUUUGCCCAGCUCAGACACGAGCCCCAGGCACGGGGCAGGGUUUGCUCAGGAGUGGGAACAGAGGCAGUGCCUCCUGCACUGGAAUCCCAUCACUGCCUCCACUUUCCCUACUCUCUUUUGAAGAUCUGAGGGACCUUCAAGUGAGGUUAAACUUUAUUCUCAAAUUCAAAGUCAGAGAACAGAGGAUGUAUGGAAUGGCCUUGGCUUAAGCGAUGGUCAGCUAUGGCCAAACCAUUUAUUUUUGUACCUUCUCUCCUGCCUUAAGCUAUUAUUUAACCACUCUGAAUGGUAAAUUGGGAUAGUUUAUUUCCUACCUAUGUUUAGUCUUCGGGCAGUAUCUGAGAUGAGUCCUGUGAGUUUUAACCUGUCUUCUCCAGAGGAGAACCACGAACAAAUGUCCAAGAAUAAACUGAUAAACAGGACUU